AUAACUUAUGGGACAGCCUAGAAGUAGAACAUACAUAACCUUUCGUCAUCUUGAAUCGCCGCAGAUAGCACGAGUUUCUUUUCCUUCGAAGUCUAACAUUAUCCAUUUAAAUUAAAUUAAACAUGUUUGGAGGACAGCAACCUAUAUUAGUUUUGAGUCAAAACACAAAGCGAGAAUCAGGCCGCAAAGUUCAGCUGGAAAACAUCAAUGCUGGUAAGGCAAUUGCCGAUGUUAUCCGAACAUGCUUGGGUCCACAAGCAAUGUUAAAAAUGCUUAUGGAUCCAAUGGGGGGUAUUGUCAUGACAAACGAUGGAAAUGCUAUUCUCCGUGAGAUUACUGUCCAGCAUCCAGCUGCGAAAAGUAUGAUUGAAAUCGCUCGCACUCAGGAUGAAGAAGUUGGUGAUGGCACAACAUCUGUUAUUGUCUUGGCUGGAGAGAUGCUCGCCGUUGCUGAACCCUUUCUGCAACAGCAAUAUCAUCCAACUGUAAUCAUUCGUGCGUAUCGUGAGGCAUUGGAGGACAUCAUUAAGCACUUGCAGAACGAUCUGAGCAUCCCAUUAGAUGUGAACAACAAAGAACGUAUGGCUGAAGUAGUUAAAGCUUGCGUUGGAACUAAAUUUAUUGGAAAGUGGUCUGAUUUGGCAGUAAAGAUUGCUCUUGACGCCGUCAAAACAGUUACUCUAACCGAAAAUGGCCGUUUGGAAGUUGAUAUUAAACGAUAUGCUAAAGUCGAAAAGGUUCCUGGGGGAUCUCUUGAAGAUUCGUGUGUCUUGCGCGGUGUUAUGCUCAACAAAGAUGUGACUCACGCUAAAAUGAGGCGUUAUAUCGAGAAUCCACGUAUUGUUUUGCUGGACUGUUCUUUGGAGUACAAAAAGGGCGAAAGUCAGACAAAUGUGGAAAUUGUUGGCGAACAAGAUUUCUCCAGAAUGCUCCAAAUUGAAGAAGAAUACGUUCAAAAAAUAUGUGCAGAUGUUAUUGCUGUCAAACCUGACAUCGUCUUCACAGAGAAGGGUGUCUCCGACCUGGCACAACACUAUUUGCUUAAAGCUGGCAUAACAGCUAUUCGCCGCCUUAGGAAGACAGAUAACUUGCGUGUAGCACGUGCCUGUGGGGCCACAAUAAUUAAUCGUACAGAAGAACUAACAGAAAAAGACGUGGGAACAGGAGCUGGUCUAUUUGAAGUUAAAAAGAUCGGUGACGAAUACUUCACUUUCAUCACCAACUGUAAGGAUCCAAAGGCCUGCACCAUCCUCUUACGAGGAGCUUCAAAGGACAUCCUGAACGAAACUGAGCGUAAUUUGCAAGAUGCUCUACAUGUCGCUAGGAAUUUAGUCCUUGAACCAAGACUAGUUGCUGGUGGUGGAGCUGUUGAGAUGGCUGUCUCUCAAUUGCUAACAAGAAAGCAACUGAAGGGGCCUUACACUGCUGUUGCCCAAGCCUUGGAAAUAAUUCCACGUACUUUGGCUCAAAACUGCGGAGCUAAUACGAUUCGUACUCUGACCGCAUUGCGUGCCAAACACGCCUCCCACUCCGGCGAUGGAGUAUGUGCCUGGGGAAUUGAUGGUGAAACUGGCCAAAUUGUCGAUAUGAAUGUUAAAGCUAUUUGGGAACCACUAGCCGUUAAGAUGCAAACCUACAAGACUGCUGUCGAAACUGCUAUUCUUUUGCUUCGUAUUGAUGAUAUUGUCUCAGGAUCUAAGAAAAGGAAGGACAAUGAGCCAAUGCAUCCUGGUGCUGCUGCAGCUCAAGAAUAAGAUAUUUUCUAUUUUUUGUUCUCAUUCCCUUCAUCAAUAUGUCACAUACAUUUUUGCUUUUACAAAGAAGGUUCUUUCGUCACGCAUUUCUUUCUGUAUUAAUUCUUUUAAUUUUAUUUUGUCAAACUAAUAAAAUAUAAACAAAAAAACACUAAUAA